AUGAAUACAUCAAAUUCUGAAUGCAGCAGCGGAUGUGAAUCGGGAUGGACUAUGUACUUGGAUCAAGUUUCCAAUUCGACAAAUUAUUACAACGGGGCUUUUGAUAACUAUAAUUAUCAAGAGAAAGGAGGAGCAUAUGUUUAUGGUGAUCAAGAAGAUGAAAACCUUUCUAUGGUUUCUGAUGCAUCAUCAGGGCCUCCACAAUUUCAAGACUACUGUGAAAACUACGCGUUCGAUGAACAGAAAAAGAAUAGCAACCAGCAAAAGAAAAUGAAACAGAAGAAAGGCAAGUCACAAAGUUUGUAUCUAGAUGAUACUGCUAGCUCCCCUAUGUUUCAUUUCUCCAAGGACAAUGUAGCUUAUUCUGAUAUUCAUACUUCAAUGGAACAUGGUCUUGGUUGCUCACAAGGCCAUCCUACGCCAGAUUUUGAGGGUAACUUGAAAAUGAAGAAGCAUAUAGAUUUCUUCAAAUCAUCAGCUGAAGGGAAAAAGGCAUCUGGGAAAUCCGGCAGUUUCCUAGGAAAAAAGAGGCAGUGA